CUUCUGUGCACAAAAGGAUUGUACAAAACCAUCCUUCCUCACCUUUUCUGUUUUGGCCACUUCAAAUAAAAGAAAAUCCCAAAAAAAUUUCUCUAAAAUUUCAAAUCAGUCCACACACCAUAUCCAUGGCGGCCUCAAAGGAAGACGAUCACGAAGAUCUUCAUGUGCUCAUGGUGGCUUUCUCCGCCCAGGGUCACAUCAAUCCAUUGCUCCGACUAGGCACAAGCCUCCUUUCCAAAGGCCUCCACGUCACCCUCGCCACCACCGAGGUUGUCUACCACCGCAUGUUUCACUCCUCCACCACCGUAGCCUCCGCCGCCGUUCCCGAUUCCAUAACCAUCAACGGAAUCCAAGUGCUAUUCUUCUCCGACGGGUUUAACGACGAGGACCGCAUGAAGACAAGUCUAGACCAAUACAUGGAGAAGAUCGAAAAGGUUGGACCAACAAAUCUGUGCACCCUUAUGAAGAACCACUUUGUUGGUGGCUCUAAAAAGCUCGCUUGUGUUAUCAGCAAUCCGUUUGUCCCAUGGGUUGCUGACGUGGCAGAGGAGGCAGGAAUCCCCUGUGCUUGCGUUUGGAUACAACCAUGCGGCCUCUACGCCAUUUACUAUCGUUUCUACAACGAACUGAACCAUUUUCCGACGGUGACGGAGCCUGAGAAGUUGGUGGAGCUGCCGGGUUUUCCGUUGUUGCGGCCGCAGGACCUUCUUUUGUUCUACCAAGAUGAGCUUUGGCUCGGGAAAAACAUAACACUACAUCAUCAUGUGCUUAACAUUAUAAGGAACAUCGAAGGAAAUCCCCUCUCUACGAGGAGUACACGUCUUACGAUGCUUGGUUCAGAUCAAAAGCAAGAUGUUGGUAUUGAGAUGUGGAAGCCAGAAGAUUCAUGUAUGAAGUGGCUAGACAACAAACCUCCACGUUCAGUAAUAUACAUCUCAUUCGGGAGCACCAUCGUACCUUCUGCAAAACAAAUAGAGAGCACAACAAAUGCCUUAAAGAAAACCAAACGCCAUUUCCUGUGGGUCAUGAAAGCUUCGUCAGGAAGAGCAAUAAACACUGACGACAAAGCAGGACAGCUUCCUCCGGGUUUUCUCGAAGAAACCAAAGACCAAGGCCUUGUUGUUUCAUGGUGUCCUCAAACUAUUAAGGUUCUGGUUCACCCAGCCACAGCUUGUUUCUUGACUCACUGUGGAUGGAACUCUGUGUUGGAAGCCAUAACCGCCGGCAUACCUAUGAUUGCUUAUCCUGAGUGGACGGACCAACCCACCAAUGCUAAACUUAUUUCUGAUGUUUUUCGGAUCGGAAUUCGACUUGAACAGGACGUUGACGGAUUUGUUGGGUCCCAGGAAGUGGAAAGAGCUAUUGAAGAGGUUGUCGGUGGGCCCAAAUCGGAGGAGAUUAGUAAAAGCACUGACAUGCUUAAGCUCGCCGCCAGGGAGGCCAUGGCGGAUGGCGGCUCCUCGGACCGGAAUAUCCAGUUCUUUGUGGAUGAAGUUGUUCGCCGAACAUGAUCAGCUGGGGGAAUUAUAUUUUUAAUUUGCUAAUAUGUUUAAGGGUGGUUAAAGUCUCAA